UUGUAUGUGUGUGCCUGCGUGCCUGGUCGCAAAGGGCGGAGCUCCUCUCCUGCGUUUGACAGCUGAGAACCAGAAAAUGUAUAGCGCAUUGAGGGAAGGUCUGGGAAACCACGCUGCUCCAAGGCUACCGUCCCACCGCCAGGAACGGGAUGCAGCAUCAUGGCACCUUUAUAGACUGAGGAUGCCCUCGUUAAUCUGAGUCAACUGGACAACACUAAACACAAAUUAAAGGGAAUAACAAGACUUUGUUGUGCAGAUAAUCCCUGGGAUUUGUGUGGCGGGGGCAUGCACCGUGCGUUCUCCUUCCCGGUGACUGUGGAGCGCAGUCGGACCAAGGAGCGCCUGGAGGCGAGCCUGGCCGGGCUGUGCGAGCUGGAGCUCCGCAAGCAGAGGCAGGAGUGUCUGGUGCUGGGGGCGCUGGCUGUGGGGCAGCCGCCGGCCCGGGACAGCUCCGGAGGAGAGCUGGCGUGCUUCAGCAGCUGGGGGCAGGAGAACUUGACACUGAGGCGUCAGCUGAGUGCUCUCCAGAGUUCUCCAUGGGGCCUGAUGCAGGCGCUGGAGCAGCAGGUGGGAGAGCUGAGGAUCGACAUGGACGACGGCUGUUACGAUGGCGCUCAAGGAGACGCAGGCGACAGCCGGCCGAGUUCUGGUUUUUAUGAGUCGAGUGAGGGUCAGUCACCUAAAGGAAGAUCUUGUUCCACCGAGCCCACAGAAAAUGUCUCCUCCUGGGUUUACACCAACGACAGGCCAAAGUCUGUUGGAGACCCGUUCAUGUUGAAUGGAGAAGCGGAUGUGCCGUUUCUGUGCACCACUCUGCCCCGCUCUUUCUCUGCCCCUUACCCACCUUUGGAGGGCAUCGCUGAGGAGGGCGCAGCAGUGGACCCCUGGCAGGUGGACCCCAUACGAGCCAGCCAAGCCUGGCAGCAGCAGUCUAUGGAGGAUGAGGUCACUGAGGAGGAUUACCAGCUGGCUUUGAGGGUCGAGAAUUACAUCCUAGGUCUCAUCCAUCGUCACACCCUCUCACCACGACCAUGUCAGCCUCGCACCACACUGAGCCCUGACCCCCCAUUCUGCAGUGCUUCUGCCCACAGCUCCCUGCACAGGAGGACUCCCUCUCUUACGACAGAGCAUCGCUUUCCUGAUCCCAAUCUACAGCAGCGUGUUGACCUUUUGUCAAACCCUAAGAGGCAGAGCUGGGGUUGUGACCAGCUAGAGGGGGAGGCCUGUGGAGGAGAGGCCCUGUCUUUGGAGGAGGACUGUUAUCUAGCUCUGCCCUACCCCCAGUCCAGGCCACACUCCCUGGCUGGGAGGCUUCCAUCACCUCUGCCCUCACUGGACCCCAACUGUGGUGUUGGGGCUCUUGACCUUUGUUGUGAACCCGCAUCCCCCCAGCAUUAUCUACAUCCACAAGCCCCUAUUCAUCACAAGCACAAUUUAGUAAGUGCUCAGUAUAUCCCCGGACAAGCCUGCCAUGCUCCUGUUCGUUCCCCCAGACACUACAACCCAGAGCAGCCUAAACCCAACCGAGCAGCCUCCUCUCCUGACCACCCCAACUCCAAGUUGAGACCCUCAAAGAAGAGCCACAACGAGCGACAGAGAUCCAAGAAGUCGAGCAGCAAAACCAACCGAUCCCAGUCAGAAAACAGCCUCCUGAGCCAGCGAGUGCUGCCUGAGCGCAGGUACAGCACCACUGAGAGGCACCAGGGCAGAGGGGAUGUUGCUCAGAACCAAGGCCAGGUUGCGGGACCACAGGUCGGCAUCGGGGGUCAACGCUGGUGCUCCAACCUGGAGCUCAGCCAGGAUGAGGGGGAGAUCCGUGCGGCGCAGUCACAGAGACGACAACCUCGUAAAACUCGGUAUGGUCACUCAUGUCCCCAUUCCCAACCCCAGAACUACCGUCAACAGCAGCACCAACACAACGAGCGUUGCCACCAGGACCUUCAGGAGAGAGCACCUCUCUGUCGGGGGGAGGAGGGCAACACUGGUGCUGCCCCUGCAGAGUCCGAGUCAAGCAUGAGUGAGGUAUAUUCCCCGGCCUCCAGCUCUCUGUCCAGUGACUCCGACGAGAGUGGGGGGCUGGUGUGGCCCCAGCAGCUGCCACCUCGCCUUGCUUCUACCUCCUCUUCAUCCUCGCCUUCACCACAGGCCGCUGCCAACGCCCCCUCUCAACCAAAAGCCUUUGUCAAGAUCAAAGCGUCUCACGCUCUGAAGAAGAAGAUCCUCCGAUUCCGCUCAGGGUCCCUCAAAGUCAUGACGACGGUGUAAGGACACGAUCAAUCCUGUUUUAAACCCAUAACUUGUUCUACUGUGUCGUAAAGACAUUGUCAGAGCAACAUUGUGGCUGCUACUUUUGGUCACAAUCAUAAUGUAUUGCUGCUUUCAGACAUGCACUGAACUCUGCACAUUCUCCUGACGUUAUCAGAAGAGGCUGUAUGCAAGAACACGAAUGUCUGAGUCAGCUGCUCUGGAUAUUCUCACGAGUUUCUCCUGCCAGUCCCUUAAGUAAUAUGUCCAAAUGAACCCAUGUGAGAAUACAGCAGGAUAAUGUCCGAAGAAUUCACAGCGAGCGAGUGAUGGUGUUUCUAACACUUGACAGACAUAAAACUGUAACAAACAAAAAUAAUACAAAUUCUAAACAGGGUCCAUCUCUAUGACAACAUUUGUUCCCUGAUUGGUUCAUAUACUGAUCUAUCACAAUCCAUUUUAUAUACAUCAUGUCCUGCCUCCUGUUACUCUACCCAGACCCCACCCCUCGCCUGAAUGAUUUUUCUGUUGUGAAUGUGUCUGACGCGAACAAUCUCCUGUUGCGUUCUUCAUAUGUGAAAGGCAAAGUACGGAAAAUGUCUGGACCCAAUUUUUGGGACAUUUUCUGGACAUUGUCCGAAAACAGCUCAUGUGAACUUUACCUCUACCUACCUCUAAUUACAGUAUGUUCUUAGUGAGAGACACUGACACGGUAAAAGACCUGCAGUGUCUGUGGUGGUUGAAUUCAUCUUGUACAUGACAACCAUGAGACUAAUGGAAAUGAUCCCGCUCUAAUUGAUGAUAACUCAAGUGAUGCCAAGUUACUCUGAAGGUAAAUGACUGAAUAUGCUGCCAGUUUUUUUAUUUCUUAAUAUCGUUUGGCCUUAUCAUAGAUGUAUGGUUGAUUAAUUCCUACGGUGUGGAGUUGGCCGAUCACGGGUCUAAACAACGGAUGUUAUUACAGUGCAACCAAUAUAUUGUUCAAAGUGUCAAGUUCUGCUCAACACCAAAACUCUAUAAAUGAGAUAAAAAUGUUUUAUAGCUUUUCUAAGAAAUUUGGGUGAAUUUUCCGUUGCAAAUUCUUAAUUUUCUCAGAUCAGAACCACAUUAUAUAAUUCUAUUCAGGAAACUUCUCGGUGAAGAUCUAAAAAUGAUUAGGAGACAUUAUUAAGAAAAAUCUCUAAACUUCUAAUGUCUGCUAAGACUAUUUUACAGCAGGGAUUAGUCCUGUUCUCAGCCAGUAUUUAAGAGGAAAAUCUCUCAUUUGUGCAAAAGUUGUUGUUUACAUUUGGUUUACUUACGAUUUAAAAAUAAAUCAUAGCAUCCCUGUGAAUCUCUGAGCAGGGAAUACAUGCAUAUCACUCUGAAAUGAGGAUGUCUCUGCAGCCAGCGGCUUUCAGGGCCAAUGGGCUAAAAUAAACAGACCUGUGAGUCAGGUGAGGAUCCAUAUAAAGGGAUCAGUGUACAUGCAUGCAUCCAUAUAUUUAUAUAUAUAUGUUUAUAAGUGCACAAAUUCAUUGACACAGGGGCACAGAUGAACUCACUUUUGAAAAUAUGUAUGAUUUUGUAUAUACCAUCAUGUGGCCUUGUUUGGAAUGAAUGUAGUUUUUAAAUAAAGGUAAUUUUUCUCUUAA